GGGAGGCAGCUCCCCAGCAACCUAUCAUGUCUCCGGUUUAUUGGUGACAAAUGGGUGUCAAAUCAGGUGCACGGGUCCACUGUCCUUGAUGUGAUCCAGUUCUGUUGGCUGACCUGUAUUUAUUCACUUUUCCAAGGUUAUCCAAGUGCUCGAUAUCUGAUGUCCAUAUUUUCCAAUCAGAUCAAAGAGCUUUUGUACUGCUUUUACCCAGAAGCCCUUGUGAAAUAGGAUGUGUCAUAACGGAGGCCACCUCUCCAUUCAAAAACAUUUAAAUAUUCAGAAAGUAGCACUGAGUUCUGUACAUGAGCAGCAGCAGCAGCAAGAAAAUCGACAGGUACUGAAGGGACAUUUUAAAAUAAGUCUUCUUUGAUUGCGAUCAAAUAGAAAAGUCUGGAACGUCACAGCUGAGUUGCCACGCUGCUGUGGGAUUAUCCCACACCAAGCAAAAGUCUGCUCCUGUAUUGUGUUAAAAAUUGAAAGAGAAGCGUUGUUCAGCAGACCUGUAAAUCCCACAUGCUCUGUGGAAUCUCACAUGGCAGUGUAUUAGCAUAUUAGGUCUGAUCUUUGUAGCUACAGCGAAGCUUGUGAGAGGCACUUCUUUGUUUUUAUGCUUUUGCAUGUUUGGUAACCGCAUCACUGCCAGUAAUGGGGACAGCUCUUACAAGUUUACUCAAAAGGGUGGUUCUAUAAUUUAUUCAGUUUGGGAGAAAAGAACCGGGAGGAGAUUUAAAACCAUACUCAAACUGAGUGUUUAUGCGAGUUCCUGAGCUAAAUUACUGACCACUUGGAAUAUCUGUUCGUUUGUGUUCAUAGAUGCGUACAAGCAUGAAGGGAAUGAUUACCCAGCUCAGCCGCAGCCUGAGCCGUGCUGCCCCUAUUCUUCAUCGCAGCGUCCACUCUGCUAGACGUCCCGCCUCCACCUCCACCGCCACCUCCAGGGCUGAAAACCCGCUCACCUCAGAGGAAAUCUACGCCCGUGAGGACAAGUAUGGAGCGCACAACUACCAUCCCCUGCCUGUGGCCUUAGAGAGAGGGAAGGGAAUCUAUGUGUGGGAUGUGGAGGGGAACCGGUAUUACGACUUCCUGAGUGCCUAUAGCGCGGUAAACCAGGGACACUGCCACCCAAAGAUAAUAGCUGCGCUCAGUGCCCAGGCCUCCAAGCUCACCCUGACCUCCAGGGCAUUUUACAACAAUGUGCUGGGAGCCUACGAGGAGUAUAUCACAAGCAUGUUUGGCUAUGACAAAGUUUUACCCAUGAAUACAGGUGUUGAAGGUGGUGAGACUGCCUGUAAGCUUGCCCGGAAGUGGGCUUACAGUGUGAAGGGGGUUCCCAAAAACAAGGCCAAAAUAAUUUUUGCAAAUGGGAACUUCUGGGGCCGCACCAUGGCAGCCAUCUCCAGCUCCACUGACCCCAGUAGUUAUGAAGGCUUCGGUCCAUACAUGCCAGGGUUUGAGCUCAUCCCAUACAAUGACAUUCCUGCACUGGAGAAAGCCCUCCAAGAUCCAAAUGUGGCAGCUUUCAUGGUGGAGCCCAUUCAGGGCGAGGCUGGAGUGGUGGUGCCCGACCAGGGCUACCUUACCAAAAUCAGAGAACUUUGCACCAAAUACAAUGUGUUGUGGAUUGCUGAUGAGGUGCAGACAGGCUUGGCACGUGCCGGCCGGCGCCUGGCUGUGGACCACGAGGAAGUCCGUCCAGACAUGGUGAUACUGGGCAAAGCUCUUUCAGGAGGAGUUUACCCUGUAUCUGCUGUGCUGUGUGAUGAUGAGAUAAUGCUGACCAUCAAGCCUGGGGAACACGGGUCCACAUAUGGAGGUAACCCUGUGGCCUGUCAGGUUGCUAUCGCUGCACUUCAGGUGAUGGAGGAGGAGAAGCUGGCUGAGAAUGCUCAAAGGAUGGGAGAGCUGCUGCGUGCAGAGUUGAGAAAACUGCCCGAAGACAUUGUGACAACGGUCAGAGGAAAAGGCCUCCUCAAUGCAGUCGUCAUCAAAGAGACAAAAGACUACGAUGCCUGGAAGGUGUGCUUACGUCUUCGUGACAACGGACUGCUGGCCAAGCCCACCCAUGGUGACAUCAUCCGCCUGGCCCCCCCCCUCAUAAUUAAAGAGCAGGAGCUGUACGAAUGUGUCGAUAUCAUCCAGAGAAGCAUCAUGUCCUUAUAAACAACUGCAAUUUAACUAUUCAGGAUAACAGACAUCUUUCACACGGACAAUCCACAUUAGCUUGAAGCUAUGGCUUGUAAAAUAAGUCACUCUAAACAUUUAUUAAUCGCUUUUAUUUGCGUUUUUCCAAGAAAAGGGGCUGUUUUGAAAGGGAUUACUGUAGGAAUACAGUAUACAGAGCCUGUGUAUGGAGUGCCCUAUAUGGAUACACUGAGACUUUUGUACAGAAAAACUGCUUUAAAGAAAAGGGGUGGCGAAAGACUGCAGCACAGGUGGAAAACAUCAGCGGUGUUACAUUACAUUUUACAUUUUGUUUUUAAAUUUGUUUUUACACCAAAUUCAUCUCAAUAGAUGUAUUUUGACAUGGCCAAUUCAGGUUUUUGCUGGUAAUGAGUGAUGUAAAUAAUAAGUGUUCUGUCUUUAAUGAAACCCUUUUUAAUUUUCAAAAAAGGAGAAGCGGUUUUACCAGUGAACUAUGUCUAACAACUAAGUCUAAAGUCUCAAAGACUUUAUUUCAAUUUUCUCAACAGAAGCAGAAAAUUAAAUCUGACUUAUUUUCAAGCUACAAAUUGAAAAUACACAGGAGGAAAUACAACUUGCUGAAGUGAAAUCUUUUCUACAGUACCAGUUACGUAUGUAGUAGAGAUGAUAGUUACAGUUCUCAUAGAUUAGUUACAGUCUGCUCAGCUGCUGCUGUCCACUAACAUAAAACUUUUGAAUCCAGGUUUGUUACAUGAAAGGUCAGCUGUUCUGGGUAUGGGUUCACAAACAUCCUUAAAAUGCCUUGAAAUGUAUAUGACGUUUUCAGGUCCCGGGUCUUUAAAGAUUUUGUAAAAACGUUGUAAAUGCACUAAAGCUAUGACAAUGCUAAAGGUCCCAGUAGCUAUCAUUGUCACUAUAAAUUUGACCACAUAUUACAUGAAGCUGUUUAAUUUUGAUUUAACAUAAGUUAUGACUGCUACAGUUGAAGAAAUACUUUUUUGGGAACUGUAAUCUGAAGAAUUUAAAUGCUGAACCAGAACAUAAAAGUUUUUGCUCUUUAUGUGGUAUAAUCUGGUCUAUUUUAUUUCUAUAAGGAACAUGCUGUAUAAGGAUAAUGAGUGCAGGACUCCUUCUGCUAGAUGAGGCUGGUUUAGUUUCAAGUAUUUGAAGUAUAUAUGCAUUGUUUUGAACUUUCUAGGGAGACUGUUUUAACUGUUGUGAAAGUGUCAUUUAAAAGGCUGUAUCACCUUUUAAGUUGUUACAUAACCCAUUUUUCCUUGAAUAAAUCCUUG